AUCAUCAGAAACCCUGCCUGGUAAACACUGCAAGCUCGCCCAAAAAGGGGUUUUAGAUUUUGCAGGACGAAGCGAAGGCGACGGAGAUAGUUCGCCUCUAACGAAACCCUACUCCGAUCUCUACAUUUCACCGGGAAAUGGAAGAAGGCACCGUGAGGCUGCGUGUGGAGUUCGAUGAUCACCUCCUCACCGAGUCGCAGAAGUCGGAAGGCUUCGUCCGUUGCUGGCUCCUCGUCCGCUCCGAUUUUACCACCGUCUCCGACGUCGCAGCUCACAUCCUUCGCACCUUCUCCCUCGAUGGAACCUGUCCCGAUGGGAUCAUCCUCUCCAUGGAUGACUUCGUUUUACCACUGUUUGAAUCGACAAGCAUAUUCAAGAAUAGUGAUAAAGUCAGGGUUAGCAAGAAAUUAGACAAAAAGAAGAAGCUUCUUGAGAUUGGUGGUGAAGCCUGUCAUAUACAAAAUUCUGAUAUUGUUGAAAAGAGGCCUAUUCUUUUAUGUGAUGAACUUCUCACUGUUCAAGAUUCUCAAGAGGAUAUAAGACUUUUUAUAGCUAUACCCUGCAAAAAUAAAACUAUAGAGAAUGCGUAUGCAGAAGAGGAAAGAACAACCAAUAUGCCAACUGAAGAAAUAAAUUUGAAAAGAAAAAGGAAGCAAUCGGAUGAACUACAGAACUCAAAGAAGAAGAAAUCUAAGCUUCACAGCUUGAAGCAGACUAGUACUACUGCUAACCUGAAAGAAAACAUACACCCUGAGCAGCAUAAAUCCCUGACCUUAGAGGGAGCAUGUAUCACGUCCAGUGGGGAGGAAAAAUUCAGCAAGUUAAUUACCUCACAUAGUGAUGAUGAUCAUAAGGAUUGGUCUACUACUAAAGGAAAGAGAAAGAAGAAAUUAAAACUAUACGACUCAAAGAAGACUAUUAUAACUGCCGAUCAAGAAGAAAACCUUCAUGCUGAGCAGCAGAAAAGCCUGGCCUUAGAUGAGGCACUCAACCUGUCCAAUGGAAAUGAAAUUUUUGAUAAGACCACCUCACAAAAUGAUGAUCAGAAUGAUUGUUCUAUUGCCACACAAGAGAGGUCUGAGCAUGUUGACAACUCUCACAAAAUCCCACCUGAACUUCAUACUGGUGACACAAAAAAGCUUCCCAGUAGGAGUGCUCGUCGUAAAAAAGCUAAAAGACAAUGGCGCAGACAGGCCGAGCAGAAAGUAGAGGAAGUGCAAGUUCAAAUACUAACAAAUGAUGAACAAAAUACAUCAUCUGACUAUGAAGCAGUAGAUGAGACUGCUGACAGAGAGGAAGAAAUCAUUCCUGUAAUUGUUAGACCUGGUCAUAUUCGGUUUGAAUCCCUAGAUGAUCAAGAACAUAAGAACACACAUUCAAAUGGACCAGGGGAGACUCUAAAAUGGAAUGGAACAAUUAGCAAAAAGAAGGGCCAGAAAUGGGGAAGGGAGAAAACAAUAGGCUGGAAUGAUGACCAAUAUACCGGCAGAACCUCCAGUGACAAUUUAAUCACUGAUAAGGAACAACAUGCAAAUGACCAGACAAACUUUGAGAGUCUUUUUCCUUUAACUCGUCUACCAAAGGAAGGUGACAUGCUUGUAUAUCGAUUGGUUGAGUUAUCCUCGUCUUGGUGCCCUGAGAUCUCUCCUUUUCGGGUCGGAAAAGUUUCAUCCUAUGAUCCUAUUUCCGAGAACAUUGUAAUGGUACUAGUUCCAGAAUAUCCAAUACUCAAAAAGGACAAAGACGCAGAGGAAUCUCCAUUGCAGGCUGACUCUGCAUUAUACAAUGAAGAUGGCUCUUUGGAGAUCAAGUAUACAUCACUUCUUGAUGUUCGUCUCUUCAAGGAACAGUACCCAGAUAGCUUGCAGAAUGAAAAGUCAGAUGUAGGAAGAUCAAACAACUGGGCUGUGGAGACUAAUUCUAAACAGUCAGCCACACCUCUUUCAGAUGCAGGACCGAGCACAGGCUGGGAGCAAAUCGAACUGGCACUGGAUGAGAAAAAGUCACAACUUCAGAACAGUGAGGUUGCAUCGAUGCCAAAGAAACAAAGCCACGAGAGCACUACUCCAUGGUCAUACAGGGCCCUGAGAAGGAGUGCACUAGGUCCGACUUUGGCAUUGCUAAGGAACAAUGGGAAUGAUGCUGGUCCUGUUGGCGAGAAUGCAUCAGCUGAGGAUUUCAAUACCAAGUGAAUCCUUUGAUCUACAAAUUUUCAUGGUUAGGCUACUUCUACAAAAUCGUUACAUGCCAUCAUUGGUGUAGCUGAGCAUGGAACUAGCUUUUGGCGUCUGGAACAUGUUCCAACCGACAGAAACUCCAGGCUGAGAAUUUCAUCAUGUAAUGAUUUUUGGUGUAGUCAAGCAUCAUCCUACUGUAUCAAGAGGGAUGCCAGGCUCUGCUAGCAUUUACUUUUCGAAUUCGUAAACCUGAAACUGAAUUUGCAUAUUACAAGUUGGUUGCCCUGGAGAUUUUCUUGGUUGGAUUUUUUUUUACUUUGGAUAAAUCCUUUAUUUUAGAAGGGGAGAAAAAUAAAUGAAAGGUGCAUUGUAUUUUCUGAGUUA